GGCGGCUAAAUGAGAUGGCAACUUAUUAAAUCAGCAAACAAGUGCGUAAUGCACACGUCGCGUAGACCAGACUCCGCACCAUACCAACCAAUCGCGGGAACGGCACUGCCACCGCGACCCGGUCAAGUCAAGUCUCCCAAGAACUUACACACAACGAAAUACAUCAACUGCCAUUUUCUUUCACUUGUAAUCCUUUCACCUCCACGUCAUUGUUUUCAUCAUUUUCAACUUCAUAUAGAGAGUUAACUAACUAACUAAUUCAACUAAUUCAACUAAUUCCAGUAUCUCACACACUCCCACCAUGUCUAGAGUUUCUCUGGCACUUUGCGUAUUUUUUGCCUACUUUCCAGGGUUGAUGUUAUGUGCAGUUGUGUCGCUGAAUUCAAUUGAGAUCUUCCAAAAGCACAUGUGGCUAAAAACGACUUCAACUGUGUAUUUCCUUUGCAAAGGGGAGAACAAGGCGGUUUUUGAAGAUGUCAAGAGACCUCGUGUCUCUUAUGCUUUCAAUGGUCAACAAUCUUGGCAGCUUUUAAGCAACUUUUUGAGUACUAAAUGCAAAUGGUGUGGACUUUAUGAGGAAAACAGCAUUACUUCAGAUGAUGUUUUGGACGAGUGGGAGUUUUGUCCUUCUGAUUUUACUGCACCCGAUGGUGAAUAUACUAAGUUCAAGGAAAAUCAAUUCAAUGCUACAUUUUUGUGCCGAGAUUGCUUAUCUCUUGUUGGGGUUUCUAGCUCUUCUGGUGAGCGCAGAAAGCACAUAGCAGUUGUAGUUUUUCUUGGUGCUUUGGCCUCAAUCAUACUAAUUCUUGGAGUGGUGCCUGCAUAUAACUUCUGGUUGAAGAAAAGAAAGGAAGAGGACCAGGUUCGGUUUUUAAAGUUACUGGAAGAAGGAGAUGAAAAUGAGGAUGAGCUAGGCCUUGGUAGUGAUAUCAUAAUAUGAUGAUAGUAAACAAAAUACCUCUUGUACAGUGUAAGGUUAACCACAAUUUUUUUUAGGCAAAAGGAUGAAAGUAAAUUUUCUGUUGGAUAUGUAACUAUCCCUCUGUCCAUAAGAAACAUUUAUGAAAACAGAAAGAUAGGUGCCUUUUGUUCAUUUGUAAAUUGUAUAUACAAAAUAGGGGCUAUGCUGUACUUUUAAGAUUUUUGCUCAACAAUCUAAUAGAAACAAAUAAGCAAGAUAUAUGUAUAAAAGUCCGAGAUGGCAUCAACUUUAUUGGCAUUAUGAUUUAGAGCAUAUUAUAGUCAGUGUUCCUCACAA